UUUUUAUAGAAUAAAAAAGAACGGGCUUGAACUUGUUUGCUUGUCAGCUGCUCAGUGAACUCCAAAUUUAUUGACUGCAUAUUAAUUUUGGCGCGAUAAUAACCACGUGUUACUCAACUCCAAAACAAUAAACAACAAAAAGUAAAUAAUUAUAAAAAUAAAUAAUUAAAUAACAACAGACUAUUUAUUAGUAAACAGAGUUAAGUAUAAAUGUUUAGAUUGUAAAGCAAUAACUUGAAAUGUCACAAAAAAAUUCAAAGUUAAGUCCGAUACCGGCAACAAAAUUCUACAGCAGUUGCAGUCAAGUGAAAGAAAAAAUAAAAGAUAUUGAAGAUCGUAAUAAGAGUUAUCAUUUAAUUAAUAAUAGUAAUUACAAUUUAACUAAAGAACGAAUGCCCCAGAGUUUAUUAGGACCAACGCAAGACUGGGCUGAAUUUUACCGGCAAGCAGAAGCACUCGAGCUAGCAGAUGCUAAAUCAACAAGUAUUAAUAUUCUACUGACAUUUGUUUACGAACAACCAAAUGGCCACCGUAAAUUUAUUGUUGCACAUCCAGAAGUUUAUUGGUGGUAUUUUAAUCGCGCACUGCCUGAAAGACGUUGCACUUAUGAGGUAAUACCGGAAGGAAAUCCCUGCUGCCUAUACCUAGACCUCGAGUAUCAGAACGACUUGAACCCAAGUAAAAAUGGUCCACACAUGACACAAACUCUGAUCGAAAUAAUAAUCUGUUACUUUCUCAAGCACUGGGGGCUGUCAGUCACUAAAAAAAAUGUUCUUAAUCUCGACUCAACUACACCGACUAAAUUCAGCCGUCAUUUAAUUUUCCGUAUCAAAGACACAGCAUUCACCGACAACAUAAACGCCGGGCGUUUUAUCAAGUCUAUUUGCGGUGAUAUCGAGGAGUACAUCGCAACAGACGGCGUUGCAUUUCACGACGUCCUCAGUUACUUUAAACGUGAGGAUUUAGAAGAAUUGUUUAUCGAAACGGGUAAACGUAAAAAAUUAUUUAUCGACACUGCUGUGUACUCGCGCAAUCGUCACUUUCGUAUUUAUAAAGCAACUAAGUGGGGAAAAUUAUCUCACUUAGUAAGAGCUAAAGACUGUAAAUUCAAACCGAUAAAAGAAAAUCGUGACAAAGAGCUAGAAAUAUUUUUAGAGUCACUGGUUACUUAUUUUACAAACAAAAGUGAUUUGCAUUUGUUGGAAUUCACUGAUGAAAGUGGACCAGAUUUGAUAAAAUAUGAGCGCAGUACGCAAUUUAAAAAUCCAUCGCAACUUACGCGCGAUCAAUAUCAAUCAUCACCUUAUCCUGCUAUUGAUAAAUUUAUUAUGGGAAUUGUCAAGCCUGGAACUAUCAGAGUAUCGAAAUAUUUUGAUGACAGACAGAAAAUUGCCUAUGAAAUAAUUGGCAACAGAUACUGUGCUAAUGUUGGCAGACAACAUAAAAGUAAUAACGUAUACUGGAUUGCUGAUUUAAAAAAUAAAAUUGUUUAUCAGAAAUGUCAUGACCAGGAAGACUGCGCUGAUUUUAAAUCCGAGCCGAUACCAUUUACUGAUGAGUUGUGUUUUAUGCUGGAUGAAGAUGACGAUGAUAUUUUCUUUAGUAUCGACGUAAGUUGCUAUGAUGAUUCAAAUUUGUCGGAUCAUAAUCAUAGCUUGUAAUUAUUUAUGAAAAAUAUUUAUAAUUAAUAAUUUAUGGUACCGAGGGUCGAAUCCUCGCGGGAUAAAAUUUGAGUGAUUUAAAUAUUUUGUAGAAUUUUUUGUAAUGAAAUUUUGAAAAAAUUUCACUCAGUAUUAGAUAAUUAUUAUUAUUGUUAAUAUUAUAAAUUAACUGAAUUUAUAAUUCGAGUUACGGAAAAAAUUGAAUUAUUUUGAAUAUUUAUUUUUUAUAAAUUUUCUUAGAAAGAAAAUUUCUAUUGUUAAUGAAAUUAUUUAAUUAAUGGGUUACAUAUUUUUUGGCAGGCUAAAAAAUGAAAGGAGUAUCGAUGAAAACCAGAUAAAUUUUCUCGAGUAAUUUUAAUUUUUUUUUUGUAAGUAAAGAUUUUUUUUUUUUUUUGGUGUUAAAUAUUUUUAAAAACUUGUAAUAAUUAUUUAAAAAUAUAAAUCAAUAGUCUAAAAAUAUAUGACCCGUAAAAAAAAAUAAAAUGUCUAGAAAUAAUUAUAAAAAAAAAAAGUUUUCUGUUGAAAAAUCAAACAAAUUAUAAUAAUUUGUAAUAAUUACCCGUGUAAAAAAAAAAAAAAAUUCAAAAAAGUUCGAUAGGUGGAACUUCUACACUUGUGACAGAUCAGAAUCUCGAGCGUAACUUUUGUAAUUUUGAAAGUAAAUAAAAAAGUUUGUCUGGACUUAAUAUAUGAAGGAAUUUUGAGUAAAAAAAUGUUUCUAAAAUAUUUUUUACCCUCGUUCCGAAAAAGUUCAUAUUAGAAACCAAUAGACCCAUAAGAAUCCGAAAACUUUGAUUAAAAAUUCCGCAAAUUCAAAAUUUUUAAACGUUUUCGAAUUGAGAGUAAAAUAUUUUUAUAGUAAAAAUAUGUUUUAAAAAUGUUCUUUUUUUUACUCAAAAUUCGCUCAUAUAAAUUCCUCGUUAAAUUUUUUUUUGCUUUCAAAAUUUCAAGUCCAAAAAAAAUUCCACUCGGUUCUAAUCCAUCUUAAGCCUAGAACUUUUUUCUGCCGAAUUUUUUUUUUUUACGCGGGUACUUACUAGGAAAAAAUUCCAAUGGGAAUUAAAAACUUUUCCAUGAAAAUGUUUUUCACAAAAGUCAAGCGGACUUAGAGUUUAACCGUAACAAAAAUUAAUUAAUUAAUUAAUAUAAUUAAAUAUUUUUGUACACUUGAAAUAAAUAAAAUACUAUUUAAUUAAAUAAUUGUC